AUCAUGCCUGAACCAGCGAAGGCCGCGGCCAAGAAGGGCUCCAAGAAAACCGUCCCCAAGCCCGCCGGCAAAGGAGGCAAGAAGCGCAGAAAGUCCAGGAAGGAGAGCUACGCUAUCUACGUGUACAAGGUCCUGAAACAGGUCCACCCUGAUACCGGGAUCUCUUCCAAGGCUAUGGGCAUCAUGAACUCCUUCGUCAACGACAUUUUCGAGCGUAUCGCUGGUGAGUCCUCUCGUCUGGCUCACUACAACAAGCGCUCCACCAUUACCUCCAGGGAGAUCCAGACCGCCGUGCGCCUGCUGCUUCCCGGUGAGCUGGCCAAGCACGCCGUGUCCGAGGGUACCAAGGCCGUCACCAAGUACACCAGCUCCAAGUAAAGCGCCUUAGUCGCUCUGGCAAACCAACGGUUCUUUUAAGAGCCACCCAUCUUAUCAAGAUAAGAGAAUUUUCUUCUUUUUAAAUAUUAGAUCUGAAUAUGUUAUACCCACUUUAUCUAG